AUGAUACUUAUGAUAGACAAUCUUCAAGUAACUAUAACAUUAACAGCAAUAUGGGCGAAAUUUGUCAUCAUGCGGUGGAAACGGUCAGCUAUCUCAAGCAUUGUGAACAUGAUUGCAGAAGAUUGGAUGUAUUUAAAGAUAAAUGCAGAGAGAAAUGUAAUGAUAAGACAAGCGCAAAUUGCUCGAUUCGUUAUAAUCUCUGGAUAUUUUAUGGUGAUAUUCGGGUUUAGUGUGGUUAUUAUUUUACCAUCAUUUGGCGUGCACUACAGACUCUUAACAAAUCUCACGGCCGGUGUCAGAGCAUUACCAAUGCAAGGAUAUUAUUUUUACGAUACAGAUAAAAGUCCGCAGUUUGAAUUUACGCUUGCUGCUCAAGCCAUAACGACAUUUCUGGCUUGCGUAACUUACACAUCGGUCGAUGCUUUUCUUGCGCUAAUAAUCUUUCACAUAUGCGGUCAAUUGGAAAACUUCAGAUAUCAAUUACUCAAUCUAGCCUCGAGCGAUAAUUUCGCCAAUGCUCUACGUUAUAAUGUCGAGACUCAUCUACGAUUGAUAAGGUUUCUGCGAGCUUUACUGUCACAAUACAGCAAUGUUGUAAACGCAUACAUUUUUUUAUUGUGGUGGCGGGCAACUUAUGGCGAAAGAACUAAUGCUAAAAUAGUACAGAUAUUCAUUAUAUGUACAUGUAUUAAGUGCGAAGCAGUAUAUCGUGCUUUGUGCGAUCUCGAGUGGUAUAAAUGGGAACCGAGAGAAUCGAGAGCUCUUAUUUUAUUAAUGAUACGAGCCAGCGAACCUUUUCGCCUCACUGCGGGAAAGAUAUUUCCUCUUUCAAUGGUCACAUUUUGCAGCGUAUUAAAAACAUCAGCUGGCUAUAUAUCAUUUUUAUUAGCAAAGCGUAAUUAA